GUCAAAGCCGCAGCGGCGGUAAUUUGUUGCAUCAUCAGCCCGUUUCGGGAUCGUCGGUGAGGAAGCUUCCACCGCGUCCUCACAGUGCGCGAGGCGUUCGAAAUGGUAUUUCGACUGCGCCUACCUCAGGAUUAGAGGCCGUGUAUCGAGACGGCGGGGCACAGCACACGAGUUUUCGCGAGGGACAUGCGAGCACAAUGGAGCAGCGCGGUGCGCAGGAGGAUGCCAGCCGGCGCAUGCUAGAUGACUUCACAGGAGCUAAAAAGAACAUGCUGACAGUCACGGGAGCGAAACGGCAAGGCGACGACCCCCCGGAGGAACUAUGCAGCGCUGUCGCCGAUGACGGCAGUAGCGAGAACAGCAUGCGCUUAGGAAGUAAGAAAUCAGAGACGAUGCAGGUGAGAAACGCUUGCGAACAAGUGCCAAUGAAGGAGCACCAAGAGCAGGGGUACAACCAGCAGAGUAGAACAAUGAAUGGCAACGACACGAUGGGCGGAAGGACUCAUCACCAACUUCGCGACAACGUGGUACGCAACGGGUAUUCCAACAACAUACACACCAUGGGUCGACGUGGUUCGUCCCCACGCGGUGGAAAACAACACGCUGACCAUGAUGCCGUAUUUUACAACUCGACAGACAACAACAUGAGAGGUCCGACCAAUCUGGCAUCCUCGUAUGGGAAGAAUAGUCAAUAUGACAAGCCAGCAAAAAUGUCUUCAUAUCAGUACCACCUCCAAAGACAGCAAAUGAGUGAACAAAUGCACAUGGAUCAACAGUACGGCUACCACCAGAAUUACACUCAGCGUUCUUGGGGACAGGAUUACACUACGAACCGAGAUGGAUUUACUGGCACAACGCCAUCAAGCCAACAACAAGAUCUUCCGGAAUCGCCGAAUUUCGGUCGAGGUAGUUCGAUGCCAGUAAGACCUCCACCAUCCUCGGGUUCUUACAUCAGACCGUCGCCAGCAGAACGCUCGCAAAACAGGAGUGCUCCCUUCCCAAGCGUACAGGUAAACCAAAUGCACCCAGCACCGCACCCUGGCAGAAAUAUCGUUUUCGCAAACAACGAUUACAGGACUAGCUGAGUUCUGUUCUGUCAACACGGAAUCGAAACUUCUUGUUCUUCUAAAAUUCGUAAUGAACCUGUCAUGGCUGCAUUGGAAGCUAACCAUAAUCGUAAAUUGGUGCUGUUUUUUUACAGAGCGUGAGACAAAUGAAGAGGAACGAAAAUUUACAACACGAACACAGAAAAUAAGAUCAAUACUACUUAAAUGAAUAAUAUUAAAAAAAAGAAAUUAAUGAGAAUGUUUCGUCUCUACGAUGAUCCUGUAUGAUCAUUUGAGAUGCAUUGAUGAUGAAUACAGUUACUUUUAAAAAACAGGAACGGCUUUAGUAAAGAUAAUGAAACACGUGUUUUGAUAACUUCACCAAGUUGGAUAAGAAGCAUGUACUAGCAGACAGACCGACUACAUUCAUGAGAUUUUGUUGGCCUGAGAACAAAGAAAUAGAAAUCAUCAAAGGCGAAAUCAAUAUCAAAGUUUUUUUAACGACCAAGCAAUAAUUCUCUGUCAAAGCAACUACGAUGGGGAUACGAAAAGAUGACAUAUCAUCGGAACUAGAGUAUGUCACAGAAAGAUGAAGAAAAAGAAAUGGAUCUACCAGAAUAGAAAGUGCCAGUUCCAUGCGCCUGAGGACCACAGCUUACCAUAACUAUGUUGUACAGAAAGUGUUGCAGGGUACGGUUUUCGAUUUGGUUUAUUUCAAGCGAAAAGCAGACUACCCGUUCCCGUUAUGGAUUUUUUACAAGUCUUAUUUAAAUUUAUAUUAGAUUUACAUAUCCUCGCAUUUUCAUUGCUCGCAUUUCUCGGCUCUAUUCUCACGCUUACCAGAUAUUAGAUUUACAUAUCCAAAAAAUUAUACUCUGGCGAAAUUCAAGUGAAUGAUCCUAUCCUACAUAGGUCAAAGUGUGUGGAGCAAUAUCAUCCCAAACUCCUUGUUCGUAAAUAACACUUUCAGAUGAAGGUCGAGAGUGGGUUCUUGCAGGAAUAUUCGCUCAUCAGCAAAACGAAUACGUCAAUCUUCUAGAUAUUAUCGGGAUCGUAAUAUGACGAGGAAAAAACGUGACCGGGCAUAAAUUGGAAGAAGGUCCAUUGCAUAGAAGAGACAUGACAGUAUUCAUGAUGAUGAUCGUAACUGGUUUUACAACUCAUUUUUUCAGUAAAUGUAUUUAUUAUGACGCG